AUGAGUCUGGGACACGCCUGCAUCUUCCUCAAAGGAGCCAAAAACGUUGAGCGCACGCUAGCCGACGAUGAGAUAGAAGAACUGCGGGAGGCGUUUGAUGAGUUUGAUAAGGACAAGGACGGCCAGAUCAGCUGUAAGGACCUGGGCAACCUGAUGAGGACCAUGGGCUACAUGCCCACCGAGAUGGAGCUCAUCGAACUGGGCCAGAAGAUCAACAUGAACCUUGGGGGCAGUGUGGACUUUGAGGACUUCGUGGAGCUGAUGGCCCCCAAACUGCUGGCUGAGACGGCGGGAAUGAUCGGCCUGAAGGAGCUCAAGGACGCCUUCAGAGAGUUUGAUAUAGAUGGAGACGGCACCAUCACCACUGCAGAGCUACGUCAUGCGAUGCUGAAGCUGCUGGGUGAGACGACGAGUGCGCGAGAGAUCGAGGCCGUCGUCAGGGAGGCCGACAACAACGGAGACGGGACUGUGGACUUUGAAGAGUUUGUCAAGAUGAUGUCUAAAUGA